AGCAGACGUCUCCCCCGGCUCUACGCACAGUGUUUCCCCGCUGGCCGUUUACGGGCUGCGGGACAGAAUGAGGACCGGCCUCGGUGUAAUCCCGCAGCCCUGCCAGCUCGGGGCUUUCUGGCCUCAAUACGUUAGCUAGCGAACAGAAUCUGUUCUGACCGGAAGCCAUCAAAUCGUUACUGCAUGCUGAAGGAUUUCCUGCACAGCAGACAGAGGGUUCUGACCGGAUUCAUGCGAGAGGACCUGCGGCGGCGGAUAGACAGGCUCUCGGACACCGGGAGCAGCAGAGGCUCCACAGGGCGUCUGCUGCUGGCAGCUCCAACAGAACGUCAGUUUACACAUGCCACAAUAGGAUCCUAUCACCUGCAAUCCUUCUUAAUCAUUAAUGUUUAUUAUACUGGAUAAAGGAGCAGCCCUCUCUGGAUCAGCAUUCUGUGCUGCCUGUCACUGUGGAUUUACUGUCGACCGGCACGAGCUGUGGAAAAACGGAGACAUGACAUGCACGAGAAAAAAGAGGAAACAGCUUUGGGUUCUUUAAGCCCUUUGAUUAAUAAAGGGAGUCCUCAACAGGCUUCCCUUAACACCUUUUGAAAGAUCUGGACCGUUGACAGCUGUCGGCACAGCAGCUGAUUUAUCUCUCCUCUGGAUGAUUGUGUGGAGCAGCUCUACGUUCAUGUGGACUGCAACACACGGCCUGCCCGCCACAGUGUGGAGGACCAGCAGCCCCAGCAGGCGCCUGGAGCAGAUCGGGAGGUGAGACGAUAAAAUACACCGUCAAAGGGACCCUGCUUGAAAUGGGGCAAUGUGGAUUGAGGUGUUCCUUGUGAACUGCAGAAAAAAAGCAACCACGAGGACGCAGGAACCAUUAGUAGACGGAGGAGGCCGUGUGGAAGCGGCGGCUUUGGUGUGUAUAGAAAAGCUGGUAUGGGUGGAGGGGCAAUCGCGAUGGCGAAUGGGAACGAGAGCAGUGAAGGGCCUGCUGGGCUGAUGGCAGUGGUGGCUACCGCAGGAGGCAUGGCAGCAGAAAGCCCCUCCUCGGCUGUCUCUACCUAUAUCAAACUGGUGCUCCUCGGGCUGAUCAUCUGCAUCAGCCUGUUGGGCAACCUGGUGGUGUCUCUGCUGGUCCUGCGGGACCGGGCCCUGCACAAAGCACCUUACUACUUCCUGCUGGACUUGUGCCUGGCAGACACCAUUCGCUCGGCCAUCUGCUUCCCCUUUGUGCUGGUGUCUAUAAAGAACGGCUCGGCCUGGACCUACAGCGUGCUGAGCUGCAAGGUGGUGGCCUUCAUGGCGGUGCUCUUCUGCUUCCAUGCCGCAUUCAUGCUGUUCUGCAUCAGUGUAACACGCUACAUGGCCAUUGCACACCACCGCUUUUACUCGAAACGCAUGACAUUCUGGACUUGUGUGGCAGUGGUGUGCAUGGUAUGGACACUGUCCGUGGCGAUGGCGUUCCCACCAGUUUUUGAUGUGGGUACCUAUAAAUUCAUUCGCGAGGAGGACCAGUGCAUCUUCGAGCAUCGCUACUUCAAGGCUAACGAUACACUCGGCUUCAUGCUAAUGCUGGCUGUGCUCAUUCUAGCCACACAUGUUGUCUACAUGAAGUUACUCCUCUUUGAAUACAAGCACCGCAAGAUGAAGCCGGUCCAGAUGGUGCCGGCCAUCAGUCAGAACUGGACCUUCCACGGGCCGGGGGCUACUGGCCAAGCAGCAGCCAACUGGAUUGCAGGCUUUGGGAGGGGGCCAAUGCCGCCGACCCUGCUGGGUAUCCGACAGAACUUGCACAACCAGAACCGGCGCCUGCUGGGCAUGGAUGAAUUCAAAGCAGAGAAGCAACUUGGCAGGAUGUUCUAUGUGAUCACCCUGCUGUUCCUGGUGCUCUGGUCUCCAUACAUAGUGGCUUGCUAUUGGCGGGUGUUUGUGAAGGCCUGUACAAUACCACACCGGUACCUCUCCACCACCGUGUGGAUGAGUUUUGCCCAAGCCGGGGUCAACCCUAUUGUCUGUUUCUUCCUCAACAAAGACUUGAAGAAAGGGCUCCUUUCCCACCUACCAGCCUGCUGCAGGACUAAACCUCAUUUGCCACGAGAGCCUUAUUGUGUCAUGUGAUCAGAGAGGAUGAUCUAAACAUAGAGAGGAACCCAGGACAGUCAACAGGGUUGAGUGUUUGCUUGAACUGUUGCAGCAUUUCAAUACAAUAGAAGCUAUUUUUAAGCAGUGGUUGCAAACUAGUAAAUAUAAUGAUAACACUGGAAUGGUUAGCAUGUAUUUCAUCGUCCAACCCUUUUUUCACUCAAACCACCUCAUACAUGGAGUCAAACCUUGACUUUUGAUAAUAAGAAAGAAAAUACUUUCAUAAGAAACAUGCAAGUGAUAAUGCAGUCAUUAUGGAAACCAAGCCAGACAAACAGCAAACAAAUUACCAAGCUGCUUCAAAAAGAAUGGAAAAUGAGAAACAUCUAGGGUUGAUUGAAAGGAAACUUGAGUUAAUAAGUUGAUAGAAGUUUCCUACGGGGGACAAAGAUAAUAAAGUUACAUGCUGGAUUAGUAAGCAAAGCAUUUUGUAUAGUGACAUUGAAGAGGAACUGUUCGCAUCAGAAACAUCAUGUCACAGUCUGGCCAGAAAAUGGUCAAUUGAUGAAAAUAAAAUAUUUAAAAGUAGGGGGAACACAGAGUCAGAGGGCGGAGAGAAGGGUUAAACUGAUCUCACGUUUGUAAUGAAUUAUUAAUACUUGAGUGGAAGGAACACCAGCUCUCAGACCGGGACAAUGGGUCUCAUCCUGACUGAUCGACAGAAGUUAUUCAUGCUAUGAUUUCUCCAGGUGUCGCUAAUUGAAUUAACUAACAAAACUUCUGAUGCACAUUAUUAUUAUUUAGAUCUGUGCAUGACUGAGUCAAAAGAGAGGAUGUGAUCGUCUGCAAACAUUAACAGCAGCUUGUUAAAGUGUGAGCCCCUCUGCAUAAAAGGCUUCUCUUAGCCCAGAGCAGAUUUUUGUUAUAAACUCAACAACACAUUACCUUUGGUGUCCAGUUGACAGUGCACAGCCAUGUCCAGCAGCAUUCCCUCAGCUCUGGUGUCUUCAUAAGCCUAGUUUAUCAGCUUGUUUCUGGAGAAUGGGAUCCACCUGUGAAUGUACAUGUCUGUAUUGUGGACCAUUGAAUUGACAUUCAUUUUUAAUAUUUCUUAAUAACUUUGUGUUCAUGUACAAUUUGCAAAGCUUUUUUUUCUUGUAUGUCUCUGUCACUUCUCCUCUGAAGCAGUGCUUCAGCGGUUAUUUGCCACUCAGUACUAAUACCAGAAGAGUGAUAGAGCUGCCAUGUAUUCAUCUCCAUGCUGGUCCUGCGACAUGAACAUUUGUAUUUAUGUAUGCUGAUCGACUGUGUGUAGACAGUUUUCUAAGCCCAUCAAAUCAACGUGUGAAGUUCCAAAACACUGAACUAAUACACUGAUAGAUGAGCCUGAUUUCUUUAUGAUCCCCCCUGAGGACACAUCAUUUACACCUGUCACACCUGAGAGCCGCUAACGGAAGUCCUGAGGCUGCAGCAGGGCUCUGGAACCUGCAGAGCUCAGUAUGUUCUGUAGAUAUCAGGCAGACACAGGCCAGACAGGAGCUUUAGGCCACAGCAAGAAGUGUUUAGUGUUUAUAUGGACCCUGUUCACAUCUAGUGUAGCCAAUAGAAAUCUUUUGGCAUUACAGCAGGCUCUAUCACACACUUUGGUUUUGCUGCUUCACCUCAAUAUGGGAAGGCAGUCAAACCAAAUUCUGAAUUAUAUAAAUGUAAAAAAUACUUACUUUUUGCAAUCAAGAUUAUGAAAGGAAGUCUGAAUUUAUAGUAAUAAUGUUGAACUUUAUGAAAAUUAAGUCAAACUCUUAAUAAUAGAAACCUUGAUCACACACGUGAGGACAGAGAUCCACGGACAUGAGGUAAAAAAACUACUAAAACGAAUGCAGGUCCACUAAAGUGACCUUUCAAAUUCCUUCUGAAGUGUGUGUAGCUUACAAGAGGCAACCUUUGGAAACACUAAAACUGCAUCACUCACAUCACAUAGAGCACGACAUGUUUCAGCAGCUCAUAAGACUACAGGAUACAUCUGAAUCACCUUCCACCUGGUUCUGUUUGAGGAUCACACCAAGCAUCCAUCUUAAUCCCUUCACACAGGACUGAAGUCAGAGGGGGCAGUGGAAGAGACAUCUCUUAUCGAUGGAUAAAUGUGCUUUUUCUUGUUUCUUCCUGAAAUGAACUGUACGAUGGGUAGAAGUGGGAGGAGAGGAUAGAGAAUGUAAUUUUUCAGUGAAUGUCUGAAAACAUGACAUGUCCUUAAGAUUGAGGGAAUAUUGUAUUUGGGGUUUGAGGUGCCCCUUGUUCUCUGCCAUGGCAUAUAUUACACCCCCAACAACAGCAUGCUGCAGAGAAUCGCUUAUCUUAAUUUAUCUUUUCAGAAUUAUGGCCUUACUCCAUUAAAAAAAUGUCACACCAAUGGAACAAAGAGUAGACAGACGUGUCUCCUCUGUCUGCACUGAAGUCAGGAGGCGACGGAACACUGUGCACACCAGAGACAUCAGGAGACUCGUUGCUCUUCCUAUCAGACCGGGCCCCUGUGGUCAGGACGAUGACAGCGCUGGGGGUACACUGACCCCUACUCUGGAUUUCUGUGGUAUUUUGUUGAAUGAAGGAAAAAAAUUGAGUUUGUCUAUUUUCAUUUGUGAGACUAAGCUGUUGCUGGGCAGCUUUUUGAGUUGCCUCAGGCAGUUUCUCUUUUGUAAAUGUACAGUGACCUCUGUAUUAUGAGUGUGUAUUAUAAUGACAGCAAAUCAACUCUGAAAUGCACCAGAACAGUUCCUGAUCACCAGAUUUAUACUGUGUGUGUGUGUGUGUGUGUGUGUGUGUGUGUGUGUGUGUGUGUGUGUGUGUGUGUGUGUGUGUGUGUGUGUGUGUGUGUGUGUGUGUGUGUGUGUGUGUGUGUGUGUGUGUGUGUGUGUGUGUGUGUUUCUAUUGGCAGGAAUGAUUGUGUGUAUGUGUAUACUGAGGGUUACAUCAAUGGGAGGACUAAGAGGGAACACUGACCAGAUACAUAUUACAUUUCAAUGACAUCAUUCCUGCAAAUGCUUCUUUAGUAUUCCUCAUGAGGACCUUCUUCAAGAGAUCAGAAUUUGUUUUAAAACCAAUGAAGUUUACUCAAAGUCCCUUUUGUAGAACAUCUCGUAAAUCAAUGAUUAAAUGAAUAUAAUUGUUUGUAUAUAUUUAGAGAUAACGAAGGGAAAAAAGCUUGACAUAAAUCACAUACAUGUGACAGGCUAAAUGUGAUUGCAUACACUGGCCUCUACCUGAAUGUUUGAUUGAAGAGUUAUUAAUAAAAAUAAGCAUCUUAAACCAACAAUUAUAUUGAACAACCAAGACCUGUACAUGACAGUUUCACUUUGACAUCAAACCAGUACUAACACAGUCUUUAAAGGAAACUCCAGAGGUUCUGCUGGGUCACCUCCAUCAGAACUGCUAAUGUGCUAACACAGUGACCUCCAGAGGUGGGAGGACAGUAAAAGUCCUGCAUUCAAAAUGUUCCUCCAGUAAAAGUAGAAAGUAUUCUCAUCUAAAUGUACUUAAAGUAGAGACAGUAAAAGUAGUCAUUGUUUGAUUGGUCCAUUUCAGAAUAAUAUCUCUGAUAUGUUUUAUAAUGAUUGAUCAUUAAAGUGUUCUCAGAGCUGGUAAAGGUGCAGCUAGUUUGAAUGGCUUUGUAUACUGCAGGGUAGCGGCUGGAUUUACUCCAGGUGAACUAAAGUCUGAUUUAAGGGCUGAUUAUAUUUACCAUCAUUAAUCCAGAUCUGUAAAGUAACUAAAGGGAUUAAAUACAUGUAGUGGAGUAAAAGUACACCAUCUACCUCUGAACUAUAGUUGAGCAGAAGUACAAAGUAGCAUAAACUGGAAAUACUCAAGUGAAGUAGCCUACAGUACUUGACUAAAUGUACUUAGUAACUUCCCACCUCUGGUGACCUCACAGCCACAUGAUCGGCAGCUUGGAAACUGACAGGUGUUUCCUCCAUCAGUCUGAUCUCCUGAUAAAGCAGUUUGGACUGUGAUCAUCUGACAGCCUUUGUGUUAUUGUCACACUUUUGUUUGUUGCACGUUGUCCUCUUAACAAAAAACAAUACAAAUGAUGGCCAAAAUAAGCAUACAAAAAACAACAACAAGUUAUAAGAUCCUUUAAGGAUUCUCUUUUGUCUCAAAGAUCGUCUCUAGUCACGUCAGAGGGGUGCACGGUAUCACGAGAGGCUAGCAGCGCAGCUAGCCGAAACAGGCGAAGCACAGCCGAAGCAGAGGCGAAGGCAGCGUUUGUUUUGAAGAAGUCCAGAAAGUUGAAACCAUUUGUUCCAUUUAAACUAAAUUUGGUGUGAAUGCUGUCAUGAGUGUGGGUGUGCCUGGCGAGCCAGAUUCACAUUGAAAGUUAGUGUUGGGUUGUUCUGCUGUGCUACAGUUGGAACACACACAGAGACACACCGACAGGAACCACAGCAGCUUUACAGCGUUCCUGCGGGGAAAACUCCAAAUGUUGCGAUGUCUUAGAAAGGGGCCAGUUCAUGAAUUCUUUGGAAAAUGUUUAAUUUAAACCUUAAAGGUAGACCAUUAAAUGUCAAUGGUUAAAAGAACAAUGUAAUCUCAUUGAUCCGGACAUAAAGCAAAAGGUCUGAAGGAUGUACGAGAUAUUCCUCUGACCCGGCAUCACAGAGCCGGCUCAGACUGCAGGUUCCCUUUGGUUUUUUUCUUUUUUUUCUGUUCUUCUGUUACGCAUGUCUCUGGAAAUUUAUGACUUUGUAAAAAUAAUAAAUUUCAUUUGAAAUGAU